UGUUGAGAGCGGGCCAGAAAAAUGCAACAAAGUACGUAAUGCUAUAAAGCAAUUAUUUUGGUGCUUUCAGUAGACACAACACGAAAAACAUUCUCCAUCAACCCCCAAAAACAAUUGAGUUGCUUGCUUCUUAUAUUGAAGUUUUUUUCUUUUGUCUUCUCUUUUAAUGGAGAUAGAAUCUGUGAGAUGCGAGUGUUGCGGAUUGAUGGAAGACUGCACACAAGACUACAUUAGUGAAGUCAAAUCUAACUUCGAAAACAAAUGGCUCUGUGGUCUCUGCUCUGAGGCCGUGAGAGACGAAGUGAGUCGCCGGAAGAUGACUACCGUUGAUGAAGCUGUUAGGGCUCACAUGUCCUUUUGUGGGAAGUUUAAAGAUAAUCCGGCGGUUCUUGUUGCCGACGGUAUGAGGCAGAUGCUAAGGAGGAGAUCCGGCGACUUGACUUCCUCUGCUUCCAAGAAAGUUGGCAGAUCUAACUCCACCAAGCUGUACUAACUCAUGAUCCUUUCAUGUUUUAUUAAGUGAUUAAUAUAUAAUCGUUGAUGCUU